AUGGGAGGUGUAUUUAGUACAUCCGGCCAGAAGACCACAACGGUCUUCAGCCAGAUCCCUGCUGAGAACGAGGUCGCCCCGGGCAUUAAGCUUACCAAUGCCGUUCUUAAUAAAAUCUCGCAAGGUGACAGUGGACUUACCAACCAGCAAUUGAACUCCAUUCAAAAUCAGUACAACGCUCACCUGGAAAGCAUUCACGCUGCUCAUGAGCAAGAAAAGGCCGAUCUUAUGGAGAAGUUCGGCGCCUCCAAAUUCGACCCCGCUGAUGAGUCCGCUGCGGCGCGAAUUCAAGCCCUCCGAGCAGCUGCUGAAGCUGUCAAAGACGCUUCCACAAAAGUAGAAGAAGAGCGACGACAAUUUUUGCAAAUUCAAGAAGAAGAGAAAGAGAAGAUUAUCGAGAAGACGAAGCCGUUCUUUGCGCCAAAGGAUAUUGUCAACCCAUGCGAAGAUCUCAUUGCUCAAGUCGCCUCCUGCUACAGAAAACAGUAUCAGUGGACAUGCAAGAGCUCCUCGGAGGUACUCGAGGAUGAACUAUCCCAAGCUGACGAGCGAUGCCGUCUUUUAGAAGAAAAACUAAACAAUAUGCGAUUAGCAUUCGUCAAAGCCGAGACCGAACGCAACAAAGAGAAAGAAGCAAGAAUCCGCUCCGAGCGCGAGAGAAUCGCAGCUAUUUACGCAAAGACCGAGCAGAAGCAGCAAACGCCUAUCAGUAUCAACCGCCAUGUCUACGAAGUAGCGCCUAUCUCUACCAAAUUCAACGGUUUCGAUUCCGACGAGUCCGAAGUUGAAACUGCCGAAAUGCCCCUGACAGUCGACUCCGAAGACAACGAAGAGAACGAGCUUCAGAAAAUUUUAAAGCAAAACAGCAAAAUAAAGAAAGCACAAAAAACAAAGCGCAAAAAUCCCUCCCCACCGACAAAAACGCCGAAAAGCAAUGACCGAGAAAAGAUGCAAUUUCCAUUUUGCGCUGGAUCAGCAACGAAGAGCCACAAUGUCGGGCUAAACUUGCAAGGUCUGAUGCACCAGGUGAAAACACAAUCUUCUCGCAGAGGUCCGCAUUAUGCAGAGUCUACUAGCAGCAAAACAAGUGCCAAAAGAAAAACUGUUGGAGGCCAUGAGCAGAAUAUGGACAUUGCUACUACUAAAGAAAUUGAAAAUUUGUCGACCCUUCUCUCUGAGCUUCAAAAAGAAUUCGCCGACUUAGCGGUCUCCUGCCGCGAAAAAGACUUAGAUUGCGAAGACCUCCAAGAUAAACUGAAGGACAUGGAGAAAAAGGGUCAACACAUUUUGGUCGUCAAAAAAUUGCUAAAACAAAAGAAAUCGAAGCAAACAACUAAGGAACAAGAUCAAAAAGAAAUCGAAAAAGAGCUCAACAAGACUUCGCCCACACUUCCUAUGUGCGUGGCUGCCAUGAAGUGUGACAUGGAGGAAAAGCGCGCUGUUGACGUACGAGUAGCCGAGUCGUGGGCGAUGACUGAAAAAGUCAAACAUUUCAAUGUAUCCGUGAUGAACAGGGGUGAACUUGCCGAGCCACUUUCGUAUCUCGCAUCAAGACUCGCCGUUCAAUCCCAGAAAAGCUCGUUUUUAUCGAGAAGGCCCGUGGUCGAAGAAGAAAUCUAA